UCUUGCGCCUUUGUUACGUCACAAUUCUAUUUAGAACGUGUUGACUAUUUAAAGGCGUGAAAAUCGCUUAUUUUGUAGAUUGAAGUUUAGGAGUAGGACUAUCCCAUUAUUAUCGAGUCUCAAACGCUUUUAUAAUGGGAAAUUCAAGUUUACGACCACAAACAGCGAUUGAUAAGGAGUCUGGGCACGAGCCCUGUGUGUUACUCAAAUACACCUCCAACACGGCGGAGAACCAUCAGACUCAUCCGCACGAUGAGGUUCCUGUUGGGGCUUCUGCCGCUGAGAUUGAUGUAGGGAGAGAGGCGAAAAAGAGGAAGAAGAGUUUCUGGAAGUGGCCCGCUCUCCGCUUGUUUCGCCGAGGAAAUGCAAAAUACGACCUGGCCCAGGCUGAGAAGAACUACCGGGAACCGGGAUCAUGUGGGAGAUUUACCGAUGCUUCCGAAGUCUGGCCUGCUGCUGAGGAACAGCUGGAGCAGGAUGUGCUGGAUCCGGGUGACAUUCGUAGGCGUUAUAAAAUCGGUGAGAAGCUGGGUCAAGGACGAUUUGGCUUUGUGUGCCAGGGGAGUCGCUGCAAGGAUGGACUUGAGGUGGCUGUGAAGUUUUCAGUGAAGGGACCGAAUAUGCCAUAUAUCAGAGUGCCUGGUCAUCCUGAAAGCCUCCCGAUGGAAAUUGGCCUGAUGCUCAUGGCCAAUACUGGCCCCAACGUUCCUCAAGUCAUUAAACUGCUGGACUGGCAGGACGACACAGACCAUUACAUCAUGGUCAUGGAGCGGCCUUCACCUUGCAUGGACCUGUCUAGCUUCAUCAAGCUCCACGGAGGAAGCCUCGAUGAAGCAAUGGCACGACAAGUCAUGCAACAGGUGAUUGAUGCUGCUAUCGUUUGCAGCAAGCGCGGUGUCUUCCAUCGGGACAUCAAACUGGAGAACCUGCUGCUGAACCGGGACACCAUGGAAGUUAAAUUGAUUGAUUUCAAGUGUGCUGCGCUUAUGAAGAAAUUUGCCUACGAAUUAUUUUGUGGCACAAGAGCAUACUGUCCACCAGAGGUCAAUGUGAAGGGCAGGUACCAUGCAAAACCGAUGACGGUGUGGUCAUUGGGGGUCCUACUGUUUAAAAUGGUGGGCGGAUAUUAUCCCACAGACCUCGACCUGCACUUGAUCAGUGAGAAAAACUGGACCAGACCUGAGCUGUCAAGAGAAUGCUGCCAGAUGAUUUGCGCUUGUCUGGAGCCUGAGCCACAGCAGAGACUCAAUCUGGAGAAGAUGCGUCUCCAUGACUGGUUUAAGGUCCUGGAGUAAGACCACAAGAACAUCAGAAGACAACUCCUGUCACAACCUUAUUGACAAUUUUACAACAAAUCAUUAUUUUUAUAUGUGCACAAUAAGAAAACCUAUAAGAUAUUAUAUUCAAUAAGAAAAAAAAAAUCUAUAAAAAAUUAAGACUAUUGUA